AUGCAAGUCGCACCACGCCCUGCCAUGAGCACGACUGGCCUGGGAAUAACGCAUUCGCCUCCGCCGCCUACCUCUUCUACUACUUCAUCGUCGUCAACAUCGUCGCGGCGAGUCUCACUACCAGCGACACUCACCGUCAGUUAUCGCCAGCACUAUCGCCAUCAGCAUCAAAGUUUUGAUCAUCCCGCGAUGCUUCUCACUCCCAACUUCUCGCCGAGUCACAAUCGAAGAAGUUUGCCAUCCACUCCUUUGCCAAAUGGAGCUCAUCGCAACCUUCCUCCUACUCCACAGAGUCCGUCCUAUUCAAUGAACUCAAUUAUCAAUGAAGAACCUGAAAGAACCGCCAGGACCCAACGCCUUCGAAGUUUUGAUCUACGUGAUGGUCAUCUUCUUGAUAAAGGAUUUCAGAAGAAAAUGAGCGAAGAUGAGGAAACUCUGCAGAUUUACAACAGACGGGACAGCCGCCGCGCCACGUGUCCGGACAUUUACUUAUUCGAUAGCCAAAACCAUCUAAUGCGCCAUGUAGUUAUUCGAAUCUACGGAAACAAAAAUGUUGGAAAGAAAAGCUUGGCAAAACGAAUACACCAUUUGGCGAUUAGCAGCACCCCCGAAACUGUCGACGAAAUUUCGAAUGAUGAUGAAAAUAAUAGCGAGUUUUCAAAAAUGACGAAUUUCCUGCUAAAUGGAAAGGAAAUGACAUUAGAGGUGUUAAUUGGGUCUUCUCUGGAGAGUUGUCCAUUCAUGCAAUCAAAGACCAUCAAUCUCGUGAUGUACAAUGUUGAUAGUCGAUCAUCAUUCAUUUACGCUACGAACAUUUUAGAGCGAUUCGUGGAAUUGAACAAUGUUGAAGUUCUCCUGGUCGCCAAUAAAAUUGAUUUGGUCAGAAAUCAAGCGGUCACCUCGGCAGAAGGCAAAAGCGCAGCAAAAACAUUCAAAUGCGAAUAUAUCGAAGUGUCGGCGCUAAUGGAAAUGAAUAUCGAAGAAUUGUGGACAGCUAUUCUUCAAAAAAUUCAAGAGCCUGGACAACGUCGUAGACCAUCGUGGGUUGAGCGUCUUCUAAAUCGCGGAAAGGAUGUUGCAAAGUCGGCGGAAGUCGUAUUUCAUCGUAUCAUUCCGGCAUGA